UUUUUAGGGUGGCCAGUAGUCUAAACCUGAGCAAAAAUAAAGAUGCCGAACUUUGCAGGGACCUGGAAGAUGAAAAGCAGUGAAAACUUUGAAGAACUUCUCAAAGCCCUCGGGGUGAAUGCCAUGCUGAGAAAAGUUGCCUGCGCUGCAGCCUCAAAGCCUCUAGUGGAGAUCCGUCAGAACGGUGAGCAGUUCUACAUAAAGACCUCCACAACCGUCAGGACCACUGAGAUCAACUUUCAGAUUGGACAGGAAUUCAAUGAGGAGACAGUAGACGGGCGAAAAUGCAAGAGUCUGGCCACAUGGGAGACGGAGAAUAAGAUCACCUGUAGGCAGACCCUUUUGGAUGGAAAUGGCCCGAAGACAUACUGGACUCGAGAGCUGAGGGGAGACGAGCUCAUUCUGGUUUUCGGAGCCGAUGACGUGGUGUGCACGAGGAUUUAUGUACGAGAAUGAGCUCCAUGAAGAACAGAUGGAAAAAUAGGCCAACGCUUACGCUUAUUCAGCAGUGACACUUCAUUUACACUUUUUACAUUACAGGGCUUUUCAUAACAAUUUGUAGUUACCUGCGGGAAGAUUGUGUUACAGAUAGAGGGCCGUGUCUUCAUCAUGUAGAGCAGCAGUAUUUGGUAUAGGUCAUAGACAAUUGCACAAGGUAGAAGUCAAGUCAAGGAAAGCUUAAAAAAUAGAAUACUACGUGGGAAACUGUCUUUACAUUAAAACCUGUCACAUAUCAUCAUAUUUCUCAUUUCAUGUUUAAUUGCUUUGUACUUAUCAUCAGUAAUUAAAGUCUCCAUAGAGAUAUCUUA